AUGUCCGAAACAUCAGAAUUCUGCACAUUCUGGCAGACUCUUCUCCCCAACUUUUCAGCCUCCGAAUUAGACUCGAUUGAACAGCUAUAUCCAGAUCCAAAAUUCGAUCCCAAAUCGCCAUAUAAAGAGACAUGUGAAGGUCUUGGAGCUCAAUCCAGGCGCAUAGAGGCAGCAUAUGGACACUACGCUUACGUGGCACCCGUCCGUCAAACAGCUCAUCUUGCCUCUUCCCAGGGCGGCCUAGUACAUCUAUACCAUUGGGCACUUCCUCGCUCUAUUCUCGAUGCAAGUCAUGCGGAUAAUAUGUAUUAUGAGACAUACAACAAGGAUAUCCGAGAAAUCUCCGAAUCUCAAAAAGCAUUAUCGGGGACGCUGCAUGCAUAUCUUACCAGCUUCAUUGCGACGGGAAAUCCGAAUACUGUGCGAGGGCGAUAUCCGCACAGACCGGAAUGGUCGCCUUUUGAACAAAGAGAUCAGAAAUUUAUGCAUUUUGGAAAGGAUAAUGAGGAACUUAUUGGUGAGGAUGUAGCUCCUCCUGCUAAGAUUGUUGUGGAUGACUGGGCGAGAGAAGAAACAGAAUUUUGGUGGUCAAAGACCGAUCUUUCGGAGCAGGCCUGA